AUGGUUCCCAAGAAAGGCCGAAAAGUGAUGGGAUUUCGGGAACGUCAGAAGACCGCAAUCGAGGUCACGACGCGCCCACCACUAAAGCGCUCCGGUCCAAUCCUAGCGUAUUUCGGCCGUUUAAUUCGAUUCCUCAGGAGAAAGCCGUCAAAACUAUCUUUCGCUCGAGAAAAAAAAAUUUUUUCUAUUAAUUCAAUCAAAAUUCUUUUUAAACAUUUUUUUGCUAAUGGUGCUUUUUUUAGUAACUUAUCCAAAAAAAUUUUUUUGUUUUUUUGUGUUCUAUUCUAUUUACUAUACCUGUCAAAAUUGGCAAAAAAAAUUUCAGAAUUUCAAUAAAUCUAUAAUAUUCUUUAGUUUCAAUACUUCAAUUGCAUCUUUCUUGUUUUACUAUUUCUUUUUUCCGCACUUUGUGAUAUUAAAAAAAAGCUCAAGGACUAUCUUCAUAGGAAUUGACCCAGAGAGUAAGGCUAAUGUAAAAUGAGAAAGUUUUAAAGCCUUCUUUCAUAAUUUUCUACAUUCUAAAUCUCUUUUGGGAUUCAUCUUCUCAACCGAAUAUUUUUAAGAAUGCGGGGCAGGCAACUGAUUGCCGUCAUUUCGGUGGUCUUCGUUGGCACACAGGCUGGGAAUGUCCAAGUGUGUCGAGAUUUGAAAAGCUGCGCCGCCUGUGCCGACAGUUACAUCCACGUUCUCGGCUUCAAAGAACAGUGUCGAUGGUGCGUCGAAACACAGUCCUGCGGCGGUCCUCUCUCCUGCCCUUUCGGCAAACCAGUCGUCCAGAGGGAUCUUUUCCGAUGCCCAACCACGGUAGCAAGCUUCAAGGGUAUCACUUAUUGAAAUUCAUUCUUACAGCACUCUGAAGCCCAAGGAAAGCGUUACUCAGACGCCUUGGGUCGCUCUCUUUUCGCCGUAUCUGUUUCAGUUAGAGACCCAAAGCCCAGCGAGUGUCUUCGAAAUGUUCGACCCGACAUCACGUUGGUAUCCGGAGGUCAUUCUCAAUUAUGGUCUUCGUCUAGGUACACGAAAACUUAUGAGGUGGAAUGCGACGGCGCCGGCAACAAAUGCAAAGGACUUCUCGGUGUGAGUGACGAGGCCAAGGCUCUGUACGUCGCCUACAAGGGAACCAGCUUCGACAAACAGGUGGAUCUAGUGAAACCUCUAAGAAGAAGGACAAAACUUCAGUUAUUCGCUGAAUUCCUGCACGGACUUGCCGCUCAACUAGGUGCGUGGGAGAAGUUCGAGUCCGAAGAAGCCGGAGUUAUCACCUAUUUCCACAACGCCUUCUACAAACUGUUCGUCGAAAGCGGCAUGAAAGAUGACCUCGUCGAUUUGCAGAAGAAAUAUCCGAGCUAUCGUGUCUGGGUAUGCGAUCCUUUCAAUAUUUUUCGAAUGCACAAUAUCAAACAUUUCAAAGUUCCAUUUUUUUUUUUUGAGUGAUUUCCUAAAAACCUUGUAUGCUAAAAACUCGGAGAAAAGUAUUCAGUUUCCACGAAGAUUUUUUUCAGGUGACUGGCCAUUCUUUGGGCGGUUCUCUGGCCUCGAUGACGGCUCUGUAUUUAGUGAAAACAGGAAGCGUUGACCGGAAGAAGAUGAGGCUGGUGACUUUCGGAGAGCCACGCACCGGCAACGUCGCCUACGCCAAGGAAAUCGAGAGCUUCAUCGACUUCCGCUACCGGGUCAUCAAGAAGAACGACGCCGUGAGUAGGAAAUUAAUUUGGAGAAAAUCAAGAAUGCUUCAGGUUACAAAUCUGCCAGCCUCCGCCGAUCCGAACACUCCUCUCCUGACGGCGUCCAUGUACAACCGACAACCGCUCUAUUACCGCUUCCUCGUCCAUUACGACAAUCUGAUGCAGCCUGGAGACUCUUUCAAGGUUUUCUCAGCUUCCAAGUCUAUGAUAUUUUGAAAAAUACAGAUCUGCGAACUAUCCGAUGAUCACGGCUGUCGAAAUUUGGCAAUGGCCGGCGACUUUUCCGACCACACGAGCUAUUUCGGAAUCAACCAGGAUGACUACGUCAGAGAGGGAUGUCCUCGAGCACAACUCAUCAGAUAA